AUGUCUCCACAAAGUGCAGUUCCUCCAUUUUUCUUUAUUUUCUUCUCAUUUGGCGGCUUGUCUUUUGGCUCUUUACUGGAUUACACACGGUUUCAAACAGGUUAUCCACGUUACUCGUGGCCUGGGAAGCUGGAGAAGCCAAAAUAUGAACGUUUUGGCUUCACCACUUGGGCUGAUCGAUUCACCCCAUCUUCACUGUCUCAAAGUCAAUUCACCCCAUCUGCUUUGUCUCAAAGAAUGGCAAAUGUGAAUGACUUUGGAGCCAAACCAAACGAUGAUGGAGAUGAUACCCAGGCAUUUGAGAAGGCAUGGAAUGCAGCAUGUUCUACAGGGAGUGUUCUUUUGGUCCCUGAAAAUAGUUUCUACUAUCUAAAGCCAAUAACAUUUUCAGGCCCAUGUAAACCAAAUACUGCCUUUACGAUCCGUGGAACAAUCAUCGCAUGGCCUGAUAUGUCAGCAUACGAAAACACAGGAAAAAGUGGCCUCAAAUAUUGGAUUAUGUUUGAUGGUAUCACGAAUCUCAGAGUUUAUGGAGGCGGCCUCAUCGAUGGGAAUGGCAAGAAAUGGUGGAUGAACUCUUGCAAAAUAAACAAAAACCUUCCAUGCAAAGAUGCGCCAACUGCUGUGACUUUCGUUGAAUGCAACUCCUUGAGAGUGGCAAACCUGAAGUCAAAAAAUGCACAACAAAUGCAUUUUCGUAUCCAGAGAUGCAAGAAUGUUAGGGUUAGGGAUAUGGUGAUUACAGCACCAGAGUACAGCCCUAACACUGAUGGUAUUCAUGUCACGGAGACUCAGGAUAUCAUCAUAAGCGACUGUAAUAUUAUGACAGGUGAUGACUGUAUUUCCAUAGUAAGUGGGUCCCAACAAGUUCGAGCUAUAAAUAUUACUUGCGGACCAGGACAUGGAAUCAGCAUUGGAAGCUUAGGGGCUGAUAAUUCAGAAGCUGAAGUCUUUGAUGUGCUAGUGAACAGUUCCACCUUAAUAGGAACUGACAAUGGAGUGAGGAUAAAGACUUGGCAGGGAGGUUCUGGUUUUGCAAGAAACAUAAGAUUUAUGAACAUAGAGAUGCAAAAUGUGUAUAAUCCCAUAUUCAUAGAUCAAAAGUACUGUGACCAGUCAACUCCAUGCCCAGAGCAGGGCUCUGCAGUGGAAUUGAGCGACGUGCGGUAUCAAAACAUUAAAGGAACAAGUGCCUCAGAAGUAGCAAUAAAACUUCACUGCAGCAAAAGAAUCCCUUGCAAAGGACUCUACAUGCAAGAUGUUGUUUUAACACCAGUAGACGGUGGCGACAUCGAGGCUUCUUGUGAGAAUGUUGAAUAUGUCAACAGAGGAAAGUUUUACCCUCAAUGCGUUCCAGCUUGA